AUGAAGAAUUUAUAUAUUUUUAUUGCUGUCCUGUUCAUCCCAUGGAGUUUUUCUUUGGCAAAGUAUGAUGAAUUUGAGGAUGGAGAUGACAUGGAAUAUGAUGAUAAUGACUUCGCUGAAUUUGAAGAUGUUAGUGAAGAUGCAGUCACAGAGUCUCCUCAGAGGAUCAUCACUACAGAAGAUGAUGAAGAAGAAGCCACUGUAGAGCUUGAAGGUCAGGAUGAGAAUCAGGAAGACUUUGAUGAUGCAGAUGUGCAGGAAGGUGAUACUGAGAGUGAGCCGUAUGAUGAUGAGGAGUUUGAAGGCUAUGAAGAGAAACCAGAUGCCUCUCCUAGCAAAAAUAAAGACCCCAUAACAAUAGUUAAUGUCCCCGCUCACCUUCAAAACAGCUGGGAAAGUUAUUACAUGGAGAUCCUGAUGGUAACAGGUCUUCUUGCUUACAUCAUGAAUUACAUCAUUGGGAAGAACAAAAACAACCGUCUGGCUCACGCAUGGUUCAAUACUCACAGGGAGCUGUUGGAAAGUAACUUUGCUCUUGUUGGGGAUGAUGGCACUAAUAAAGAAGCUACAAGCACUGGGAAACUAAAUCAAGAGAACGAACACAUAUAUAACUUGUGGUGCUCUGGAAGGGUGUGCUGUGAAGGAAUGCUCAUCCAGCUAAAGUUUCUCAAGAGACAAGACCUACUGAAUGUUCUUGCGCGCAUGAUGAGGCCAGCUUCUGACCAAGUGCAAAUAAAAGUAACAAUGAAUGAUGAAGAUAUGGACACCUAUGUGUUUGCUGUUGGAACAAGAAAAGCACUGGUGCGACUUCAGAAAGAGAUGCAGGACCUGAGUGAGUUCUGCAGUGAUAAACCUAAGUCUGGUGCAAAAUACGGGCUUCCAGAUUCGCUGGCUAUCUUGUCGGAGAUGGGGGAGGUCACAGAGGGAAUGAUGGACGCUAAGAUGAUACAUUUCCUCACGCACUAUGCUGACAAGAUUGAGUCCGUCCAAUUCUCGGACCAGUUCUCCGGUCCAAAACUUAUGCAAGAGGAGGGUCAGCUUACAAAACUGCCCGAAACUAAAAAGACACUUUUGUUUACAUUUAAUGUGCCUGGUUCAGGCAACACUUCCCCAAAGGACAUGGAGUCUUUGCUGCCUCUGAUGAGCAUGGUUAUCUACUCUAUUGACAAAGCAAAGAAGUUCCGUCUGAACAGAGAAGGUAAACAAAAAGCUGAUAAGAACAGGGCUCGCGUGGAAGAGAACUUCCUUAAACUGACUCACGUGCAAAGGCAGGAGGCUGCCCAGUCCCGUCGAGAAGAGAAAAAACGGGCAGAGAAGGAGCGAAUCAUGAAUGAAGAGGAUCCCGAAAAACAGCGGCGGCUGGAGGAAGCUGCUUUGCGGCGUGAGCAGAAGAAACUGGAGAAGAAGCAGAUGAAGAUGAAGCAAAUCAAAGUGAAAGCUAUGUGACUCCAUUGUGAGAAGUGUCUCAGUGCCACCUGGAGAAUUUUAAUGCACAGGGUACAAAGACCUACUUAACUCCAUAACCCUACACUUCUUUGAACACUAGUAGCCAUUAAGAGAAAUGCUCCUUGCAUUGGUGUUACCUAUUUAAGUAUUACAGCAACAUGCAGGUGUAUGUAGAGAGCUUUGUCUCGGCAGUUUUAUUCCAGGUGGUAUAAAUUUUUGCUACUUGUCUGUUUAAAAAAAAAUGCAAUAUUCUUGAAUGCUCUUUGUCAUUUGUUCUUUGAAAACAGAAGAUUGUAAAAAUGUCCACGUGUGCUGGUAACAUUAAUGCUUUGGUUUUAAACUUUGGUUUUAAUUAUUGGGAGGGAAGGGGAAAAAAACUUAAGGGGAGGAAAACUGCACAAUAAGCAUUUACUGUGCAUUUAUUUGCAUCAAGCUCAUAAAGGCACAAAACUUAGAGCCUUCCAUACACAGUAUGGAUUCUUCAGG